ACACACGAAGCUGCCUGGUAGAUACUAACACCUGAAGUCACCUGCGACGCAGAGAACAUGGCAUCGUUGUCACUCAGCUCUAGCCUCAACAAGAGCCUGCGUCAGCAGUACCUGAACCUGCCGCAGGACGGGAAGUGCCAGGUCACCUACAUCUGGAUUGACGGCAGAGGAGAAGACGUUCGUGCCAAGACUCGAACCCUGGACACUGAGCCGAAAGGCCUUGAGGAAAUCCCUGAAUGGAACUUCGAUGGCUCGAGCACGUACCAAUCCGAAGGCUCCAACAGCGACAUGUACCUCAGGCCCGUCUGCAUGUUCCGGGACCCGUUCAACCUCGACCCCAACAAACUGGUGCUCUGUGAAGUCUUCAAAUACAACCGCUUACCUGCAGAAACUAACUAUCGGAACAGCUGCGCAAAAGUGAUGCAGAAGGUCAAGAAGCACUGCAUCUGGUUUGGAAUGGAGCAGGAGUACACGCUGCUGGGAGUAGACGGACAUCCCUUCAGUUGGCCCGCACAGGGAUACCCACUACCCCAGGGCCCUUACUACUGUGGCGUGGGAGCAAACAACGCGUAUGGACGAGACAUUGUGGAGUGUCACUACAAGGCCUGCCUCUACGCAGGGGUCAACAUCUACGGAACCAAUGCUGAAGUGAUGCCAUCUCAGUGGGAGUUCCAGGUGGGCCCCUGUGAGGGCAUUGCGAUGGGCGACCACCUGUGGGUCGCACGCUACCUGCUGCACCGCGUGUGUGAAGACUUUGGGGUUGUGGCCACGCUCGACCCCAAACCAAUGAAGGGACCCUGGAACGGCGCCGGGUGCCACACGAACGUCAGCACCAAAGAGAUGAGGGAAGAAGGGGGACUGGAGUACAUCGAGAAGGCCAUCGCCAAUUUAGAAAAGAGGCACAAGGAGCACAUCGCCGUGUACGACCCUCGUGGAGGCAAGGACAACAUGAGACGUCUCACGGGUCUCCACGAAACCUCCAACAUCGAACACUUCUCUGCCGGGGUGGCCAACCGCGGUGCCAGCAUCCGCAUCCCUCGCCAGGUGGGCCAAGAGAAGAAAGGCUACUUCGAGGACCGCCGCCCUGCAUCCAACUGCGACCCGUACGUCGUGACCAAGGCCAUCACGUGCACCUGCCUGCUGGAUUCAGACGAGCAGGCCAGUGGGAGUGAGGUGGAGAUAAAUGUGAGUUCACCUGAGAUGGAGUCUUGAAAAGCUUGUGAAAAAAUGUAAAUGAAGACAUGCACACUUAGUGGUCAGUGUAUUUAUUGAAGUAUAGACGUGAAUGUGAACAUCUCCAGUACAGUAACUGAACUUAGAAUAGAGGAAAUGAAUGAUGUGCCCUGCAGCUUUAUCGAUGGAUGUGUUGUGGUUAAUCUGUAUCUGUCUCUGCUCUUUCUGGCUUUCUUUGCAACCGGUAAUAUGUCAACAAGCUUCAAACUUUAAAUUAACCAAUAAAUAAAUAUAAGCCCAAUAUUGUCAAUAUUGUU